GUCCCACAGUCCCCCGUGUCAGCGCACGGAGCCGCGCUACUGGGCGGGGUGGGACAAGGCGGAGCAACCCGGGAGCUUUAAAGAGCCCAAAACAUAGUCCCCACCCAGCUGCUGCAUCUCUCCUGCCGGGCACCAUGGCCGAGAACUCCAAGAUUCAGCUGUUUGUCAAGGCCAGUGAAGAUGGUGAGAGUGUCGGGAAUUGUCCCUCCUGCCAUCGUCUCUUCAUGAUCCUGCUACUCAAAGGGGUCCCCUUCACACUCACCACUGUGGACACCAGGAGGUCCUUGGAUGUGCUGAAGGACUUUGCGCCAGGUUCCCAGCUGCCCAUUCUGCUGUAUAAUGGGGAAGCCAAGACAGACACCAUCCAGAUUGAAGAAUUCCUGGAAGAGAUGCUGGGGCCCCCCACCUUCCCUUGCCUGGUUCCUCAGUAUAAGGAAUCUAGCAUAGCCGGUAAUGAUGUCUUCCACAAAUUCUCAGCUUUCAUCAAAAAUACUUCUCCUGCUCAGGAUGAAGCUCUGUACCGGACCUUACUUCGUGCCUUGAUGAAACUCGAUCAGUACCUGACCACCCCUCUGGAGCACGAGCUGGCCCGGGACCCAAAGCCCACCCAGUCCAGGCGACGCUUCCUGGACGGCGACCGGCUCACGCUGGCGGACUGCAACCUGCUGCCCAAGCUGCACAUCGUCAAUACCGUGUGCACCCAUUAUCGACAGUCCCCCAUCCCUGCGGAGCUCCGCGGCCUCCACCGAUACCUGGAGAAUGCAAAGCAGCAGAGGGAGUUCAAGUACACCUGUCCCCAGAGCUCCGAGAUCCUGGCUGCCUACGCCUCGGUGGCUCGAGCUCGCUGAGCGCUCGGCCCGCUCUCCCGGGAAUCGGUCCAGUCUGGGUCUUGCUCCUCCCCACAGCGGCCUUUGGGGCCCAGGACUGGCUCCUAGGUCACCCCUCGGGGAGCGCGCAGCCUGCGCCCCCUCCACCAUUUCACACCUUUCGCCUAAAUCCCGCCGAAGUCACCGCUUCAGGAUUUCCCUGAUUGCGCCGGACCUUUCUCGUUUCUAGCAGCCGUUGUUCUCUUGUGCUUGGCUUAGACUUAAUUUGCUUCCAAGGAGUGUCCAUAAAUAUAUUCUUUGUCACAUCUGUGCCCAGGCGUGACUCAUGUUCCUGAGGGCAGGGGAUGGGAGCAGGCCCGCUUCUCCGGCCCUCCAUCUCCGACCUGACCCCGAAUCUGGCCCCUUAAUCCUCAGGCCCUCCCUGUCCUCUCCUCAGUGACCUCUGACCCUGCCUUCCCUCAAGCCCUCCCUGUGAUGCCUCAGAAUGGCCGACACCAAAUACCUGUCAUCCCCCGACUAACCCCAGACUGCUGCCAGGGUGGGGCUCAUUCCGGCUUCCUCCCAGACACAAAUGACGGCCCACCCUCUCUGUAGCUCUGCCCACGGACUCGGACUCGGAGGACUAGAACUGCUCCUCCAACCAGUUGGGCUGGGGUGAGAACAGUAGAAAAGGUCUGGAUAGGCUGGGUGAGAGGGCAGGGCCCCGAGCCGCCUCCCUGAGCUGGGUGGGGAGAAGAGUAAAGUUGGGAAUGUUUCUGGCUGGCCUGACCACAUUUCUCCCAAGCCCACCGGUUAAACCAGCUUCGGCUUCCUAGCCACUAACCCAUCCUUGCCCCCUCCCAUCCUCUACUUUAGCAUUUCUGGGGUCUGGAAGUAGACCUUCCUCGGGAACAACUGUUGCUACACUGACUGUAAGAGUUAGGUUCAAAUUCUGGCUGACACUUAAUUGCUGUGUGUGUGUGACCGGUUCUGUCACUAUUACUGAAAUCAGAGCACAGGUUCAAAUACUGUCUUGGAUAUUUAAUAGUUUUGUGUCUCUGGUCACUUCAAAAGCUCUUUGAGCCUUGGUUUACUCAUCUGUAAAAUAAAAAUAGUACUUCCACUAAUAAAACUGGGCUGUUGUGAUAAAA